AUGACUCACCAGUUUACAUUUGAGUGGCCAUCGAAUGGGUCCACAAGUUCAGUAUACGUGACCGGAACCUUUGACAACUGGUCCAAGUCAACCAAAUUGUCGCAGAGUUCCGACGGUAAGUUGCGAGCCACGGUGUCGUUCCCGCAGAGGGAGAAGGUGUUGUUCAAGUACGUUGUUGAUGGACAGUGGACCACCACGUCACAGUUCAAGGUGGAGAGGGACUCCACCACCGGGAUAGAAAACAAUGUUGUGUAUCCAGAACAGCUCGUUGAUCCGAGCGACGCUGAAGACUACACGCUUCUUGGUCACAAUAACUCGCACUCUGAAGCCGAGACAACAAGUUUCACCAACGUGAGCUAUGGGGAGAUGAGUCCCUUUGAGCAGUUUGACACGGACUGUGCGUUGGACUAUGACGUUGAUGACGACUAUGACGUUGACGACCGUGACAACACGGACUUGAACUCGAGCGCCCAGGUGACGCUCUCUGGUGGUCUCAAUUCGGUGACGCCUUCAUCCACGCCCGUGAACCUCGUUAGCGUUGCUGAUGGCGACCGCCAAGUGAGAUACUACACCAGCAUGUCACUGUUGUCGAAGUUCACAAAGUACUUCAAAUGA